GGGGCAGCGGCUGGUGUUCCUCAGCCUUUUAAACAUGAAGGGGGAAGAGCCACAGUCAAAAGAAGUAAAAUAACAACAACAACAAAAAAAGCGCUGAGAUGGAAGGAGGUCGGAAGUGUUGCGAGACUAAAAACCAGCCCUAGUUGUGGUGGAAGAACCUUGGAGAGAAACUGAUUAAAGGAUGGCUCGAUGCUAACAAACUUCUUGAAUACAAGGUCUUAUUUGAAGAGAUGCACCUGACUUCUGCUUGCCUAAAGUUUGAAAAGUCACUUGAUUGCAAGAGAGAAUUUACAGAUGUGCAGAGUUUAGAGGAGUGCUAAUAUUCGGUCCAUUCUGAAGGAAAAUUCCUUGGAUGACAGUGUGAUUCAAGAGAUAAAAGCAGUCCAACACCAGCUGGUAAAGGAGAUAGCACUGCAGGAGUGGCUGUGCACACGGGGUUUGGAACAUUACUAUCACGUGUUGAAAUCACUAGGGUACGAAACUGAACCGAUCUGGUACAGUUUGGCCGUGAGUCACAGAUACCUCUCAGGCUGGGGCUACUUCUACGGCGAUUACUGGAAGUUUGGUGGGAAGGACCUCCAGCUUUCAAGGGGACACCUGGAGUGGGAGCACAAAGUUAAGUUUGUUCACAACUUAGCCCAGAGGCGCUGAAUUGAAAAGUGGUCUAUGGUGGGAGCAGUGUUUUUUGCCUCUAGCGUCACACUUUGCACUGUAAGAAGAGACCUGAUGAUUGUCGUCAUUGGUGGAAUUGCAGUUUCCAUCAUAGCUUUCUUCUUUACUGUGAAGUUUCUUUACGAGCUCGUGGCACGGGUAAUUAAUUUUCUUCAGAAUGACAACAGAGGAAGGCAGGGGAACCGUACCAUCUAUGACUACGUCCGUGGAAACUACCUGGAUCCAAGGUCAUGCCUAGUCACCUGGGAUUGGAAGGAUCCUCAAGAAGUAGGGCGCAUCUUGACCUUUAGAGUACAUUUGUUCUAUAAGAAUGGACAACCAUUCCCUGCGCAUCGCCCAGUGGGUUUACGGAUUCACAUCUCACACAUGGAACUUGGUUUAGAUGUUCCUAUUACACAGGAAGUUCUUCAGGCACAGAAUAAUAAUGUGGUGAAGGUGAGCUUCACAGUGAGGAAGGCAGGAAGGUACGAAGUCAUUGUCAAACUUGGAGGACUGAAUGUUGCCUACAGCCCAUACUACAAAACAUUUCAACCUGGAAUAGUGUUUCCAGCAAAAACAAAAAUCCUUUACCACUUCUCCACUCUGGUACUGACAAGUGGGCAGGAAUACACAUUGCAGAUUGCCCCUCGUGAUGAGUACGAUAACCCAACAAGUAAUGCACUGGCCAUUGCUGACCAAGAUAAUUACAAGGUGCAAGUAAAAGAGCUUGGAGCCAAUGAAAAUGAAAUAUCAGAUGUUUUAUUUAACAAAACCAUUUCUUCAAAUAAGACCAUGUGCCUGGUGCUUCUGAACCUAACCUUGUGGAGAAGAGGUUGCUUUCGGGUAUCCGUUAUGUACUGGGAUCAAUUGAUUGGUAACGGGGAGUUUGACAUCAUCAUUCUUAGUGAAAACGAGAAGAAUAUAGUAGAAAAGAAUGUAUCAACUCCAGGCAGCAGUGUGUAUUUUGAGGCGUACUUGUACAGCACAACAAAUUAUGCUCAUUCACAGUGGCAAUCAUCACCAGUUGCAUAUGCCACUGUGAGUCGACACCAAUCGACCACCACGGAUGAGGAAGACGAUGAUAAAGAUGGGGAUCAGGAAAAUCAAACAACUGAGAAAGUGAAGAAACCCAAAAAGGUUUAUUGUUACAUAUCAUCAAAGCAAUUCUCGGUGAAGGAAUUUUACCUGAAGAUCAUUCCAUGGAGACUUUUCACUUUCAGAGUAUGUCCAGGAACAAAGUUUUACUACCAUGGUCUAGACCCAGUGCAUAAGUUCCUAACACUAGUGGUGGAUGAUGGCAUACAACCUCCUGUGGAACUUAGUUGCAAAGAGAGAAACAUCAUGGCAGCAACAUUUAUCCGUUUCUUGCAUAACAACAUUGGGGGUUCUGAAACAUUCCAAGAUAAAGUGAAUUUCUUUCAGCGGGAACUCCGUCAGAUGCAUGUGAAACGACCACAUACAAAGAUUGUACUUAAAGUCAGCCGCCACAAUCUCCUUGAGUCGUCCAUGAAAGCCACACGAAAUUUCUCAGCCUCUGAUUGGAGCAAGAAUUUCGAGAUUAUUUUCCAGGAUGAGGAAGCACUGGACUGGGGUGGACCACGCAGGGAAUGGUUUGAGUUGACCUGUAAAGCUCUCUUUGACACAAGUAAUGCCCUGUUCAUGCACUUCAGUGACAAUAACCAGGGACUAGUGCACCCAAACCCAGAACGGCCAUCUCAACUCCGACCAAAGUUAUAUGAGUUUGCAGGGAAAGUAGUUGGAAAGUGCUUAUAUGAAUCUUCCCUAGGUGGGGCUUACAAACAGCUGGUUUGUGCUCGCUUCACCCGUUCCUUCUUGGCACAAAUUAUUGGACUCCGGAUGCACUAUAAAUAUUUUGCAACAGAUGAUCCAGAAUUCUACAAGAGUAAAGUUUGUUAUAUAUUGAAGAACGAUGUGAGUGAAAUGGAUCUUGUUUUUGCUGAGGAAAAAUAUAACAAGUCGGGACAUUUAGAAAAGGUUAUAGAGCUGAUAGCUGGAGGUGCCCAGGUACCAGUAACCAAUGACAACAAGAUAUUCUACUUGAACAUGCUUGCACAAUACAGGCUAGCCAAUCAGGUGCGCCAGGAAGUGGAGUGUUUCCUUAAAGGUUUGAAUGAGUUAAUUCCUGAAAAUCUCUUGGCAAUAUUUGAUGAAAAUGAAUUGGAGCUAUUGAUGUGUGGGACUGGAAACAUCAAUGUACCUGAUUUCAAGACUCAUGCUGUCAUUGUUGGAGGGUCCUGGCACUUCCGAGAGAAGGUAAUGAAGUGGUUCUGGACAGUGGUGUCCAGUUUCACUCAAGAGGAACUUGCUCGGUUGUUGCAGUUCACAACGGGCUCUUCCCAGCUGCCUCCGGGAGGAUUUGUGGCAAUGUGCCCAUCUUUUCAGAUCAUUGCAGCACCCACGCAGAGUUCCUUGCCCACAGCUCAUACUUGCUUUAACCAGUUGUGCCUUCCAACUUAUGACUCCUACGAAGAGCUGCAUAAAAUGCUAAAACUGGCUAUUAAUGAAGGCAGUGAAGGGUUUGGAAUGCUGUAAUUCUGAGGCUUUUUAGGAUGCAAUGACCAAUCCAGUUGCAGAUAGUACAGGAUCCAGGAUCUGGCCAGUUAGAGAUCAGAGAUCGCCAUGGAUUUUCCCCAUCUGCCAAAUGGACAUGGAUUGAGCAAUGAUUCUAACUUGAGCCUUCAGUCACCGGACAAGCAGGUUUGAAAGAUGUUGAGAAGUCGAUGUGCUACAGUUAAUGUUUUCCAAACAGCUUGGCAAGCAACUGGGCAGACAAAUGCUCAGUUCCAAAAUGAAGCAGAGGUUUCACAGAAUCCACAGUCAAAGUGAUCCUUCUGUGUUUAUCUGAUUUACCAAUGGCUUAACCUGGGAGAGCCUUUGAAGAGUUUAUCAUCUGACUGGAAGUUUGAUGGAAAUAAGAAGAGCACUCUGAAUGCACUCAGUCACCAAGCUCUUUGUUAAACGCUGUAUGUAGCAAACAGCAUUCUGUGUCCACCAUCGUUUUCUCUCUACAGCUGAAAAAGGGCUUGCACCUGGACUUCCAGUCUCAAGCUACUAAGAAUUCUGAUGGCCUUGGAGGGUUACCCUAUGGGAUGAAGCACUCAAUUGGAAAGGAAACCACAAGUAAUUCUGGAUUCUGUGCCCUAUCUCCCAAAUUCUUCCAUUAACUAGACUUUAAUCAAGCUGUUGACUUCUUCUCAUUAUGACUGAGCUUUACAGCCAACCUCAAAAACUUCAAAAUGCUGCACAUUUCCUGAGUUGUUCUGUUGUUAUUGACCCACCACAGUUCAUUUCAGCCAAACACAGGGUCAUGAGUGAGAAAUAACAGUUCUGAUGCAAGAUUUUGUUCAAGUGUCCAGAUGGAAUUUUGGGAAGUAUAUUGUUAAAUAAUUCUGGUAAGGAAGUGGAAGAACAAUGAAUUGAUUAAUAAUGAAGAGUUUGAGAUGUGGAAGUACUACAUGUCUCCAACAGAUUUUUGUAAAUAGAAUACUGCACAUUACCCACAGAAAGUUCCAGAGAUCUCAAGACAACAUAAGCAAGCCUCCCUUCCCUGCACCAUCACAUUUCACUAUUGUAUAUCAUAUUCCCUAAAAGAUUGCAUUAGGAACAUUGUUAUGAGGACCUCUUUAGGAAGAAGUAAUUGUAUUAUGUGGUUGAGAUGCAUGUUGUGUCAGGUUGUGGUAUAUUACAGAUAAUUUGAAUGGGAAGUUAGUAAAUUAUUGUCAAGUGUAAGCAAGUGUGUUGUUUAAAGACAGGUUUUCUGUAUAGCUGAAGACCAACUAGGCUGCAUUGAUCCAGCUUUUUUUAAUUACAGGGAUAUUGCAAAGUGAAAAGAGGGCAGAGUAUCUUUGACUUUAAUAUUUCAGUUAGAGAACAGCUACUGGGUACAUAAUCAGCAACAGAUAGAACAAAAGGUGUGUUCAAAAUAGUGUUCCUUGUCCCUUAUCUAUCUCAACCUUUUUCUGUCUUCUACUCUGGUGUCAUACAAUGUGCCAGGAAAAAGGAAGCACAGCAGUUGUGUUUCAUUAAUUUUCUCUUUCUCACACUUGCACAAAAUGAAAUCCGGACUUGCUAUCCUUGACAUUCCUCCACCACACUUGUCUAAUUACACUGAGACCUGGCCAUGAAGGGAUGUGGCUAUAAUUAGUCAAGGUAUAUUUAUGGCUGUAACAUGACUGCAAAAUACACAAUUAAGAAAAAAUGCAAGAAUGAGUUUGAAUACAAUUAAUUUAUUACAAAUAAAGACAGUUCUUUUUAAACUCUUUCACAAUUGCCUUAGACAUUAACUAAUGAUCUUGGAGUUCUAAGGUUUUGAAAAUCAUAAUUUCACUUGCAGUACAUAGUCCAUUGUAACAAAGAGGAAAUUUACAUUUUCCAAAACUCAUCCAAAAAUAUAUGGCACAAAGUACUCUCAUUCUCAGUGACAUAUUCUUGAGACUGUACCUCUCACUCUUUCUGCUCUUUAUCUCUUUUAAUUUCUGCCCUCUCCCACUUUUUAACUUUUCUUUUAAUCAAUGUUUUCCUUUUUUCUUUUCACUGCUAUGUUUUUAUUCUAUGCCUCUUUCUUCUCUCUCUCUCUCUCUCUCUCUGUCCAUAUCAUGAUCCUUCUCUCUAUCCACCUCUCAAUCCUAUUCCUUCACUCCCACACUCUUUUCUUGCUCUCUUGCAGUCUUUCUUGUUCCUAAACACUUACCUGCGCACAUGCAAUCUCAAUCCCUGCCUGACACCCACUCUCAUGAAUGAAACGCGCCCUCGCAUUCUCUUGCUCCCUCUGCUGCACACUCUCAUACUGUCUUGCUCCCUCUCUUGUGCUCCCCAUGUCAUGUGCUCCAACAGUUUCACUCUUAGCCUCAGCCUUUGCCUCCUUGUGCUCCUCCUGCCCCUGACCCUAGUGCUAGCUUUACCACCCUGCCACUUGCACUGUUAGAUGCCCGCUCUCUGGCCUCACGUGCAGUUGUGCUUCACCUCACCCUUGCCCCACUGCUUCUGGCCUCACGCACCUGCUCCUUCUGUCUCCCCCAUGACACAUUACGUGGGUAAUCGAUUUCUGAAGCUUAUCGCUGCUGCUACAACAAUUCAUUAUUUGUUGUUGGAAUGUUGCUCACCUGCAUUUGGACAGUGCUGCCUAUCAGUUCAUAAUCUGAAUCUGUCUGGUAUUUACCUGCCCAUACUGGUGAAUGACUUUACAAAUAUAAAUUGUUCUUUUUUAAAAAAAAAUGCACUUUACAAUGUGAGGAAACAAUUUUGCUUCCAAGGUUCUUUCCCCCUCAGUACAGCUUGCCUUAUAAUAAACAUUUCAGAUUGUUUUCAAUAGACUGACCAGUGACCUUACAACAACAGCUCUUAAAGUUCAGAGAUGUUCUCCUUUGCUGAGCUGGGAGUGGCUCUUCCAUUUAUGAGGGCUCCUUCAUCCCAGGUGAAAACACCAGCAAUUUAUAACUUCGUAUGACAUAUAUUCUGAUGAAGGAUUCUAGCCUACAUGUGUAAUUGUGAAAUUAUAAUAAUCACUGGCCAGAAUUUCAAAUUCAGUUCUCUAAUACAUUAUCCCAAACCCAGAAUUGGUGCCUUAAAAAAAAACUAGUUUUGAGAGUUUGAAAAUUAUUCUGAUCUGCACCAAGGUGUCAAUGGAAUGAGAGGGGUGUUCUUUAUCACAGUAUAUCCCACCAGAGGUGCAGCAUUAGUACGAAGAAAUUUUGGAUUAGAAAUCGACACCAAAACUGAUUCCAAAGAGAAAGUGAGGAGCUCUGAUUCUGAGAACUGUUUUGGCAUCAGAUUGACUCCUGAAAUUAGAUUGCACGUAAUGCUCGGAUAUAAUUUUUGAACACAAAUCUCACAAGUGACCAUGCAAAGCUAUGAAAUCUUUAUCUCCCUGGAACUGAGGCCCAGAAAUAGUCAAGCAAAGUAGCACAUUUUUAUGUCAAUUAUGCACUGGUUAGGGGAUUCUUUAAUUAAGGUAGAAACUGUUAUGUCAAGAAGGGAAGCAAUGUAUUCAGUGCAACCACUGACUGGACUACACACCUAUGGAUCUCUUCUGUUCAUUCCAGUCAAUGGAGUUUGUCUGCUAUCUUUCUCUCUUGAAAAUGUUGUGUGUCUUGUUUUCAAUACAAAACUCCAUUUUAGUAGAUAAGCCACUUAUAACAGUCAUAAACUCCAAAGUUAUUAUGUGAAAAAGCAAUUCAAAUCUAAUUAUGUUCUCAUGUGAAUUAGGCAUUUUUCUGUUUACUUAACUUUAAUGAAAUGAUGCAUUACAGAUCCAAACAGGAAAGCAACCAAAUAUUUAAAAAUAACCAGGAUAUAAAUAUAUUCUUUAAAGAAAAUGAUUUACACUGAUUUACCUUUUGGUAAAAUUAAACUGCAUUUUCUUAAAAUUUAUAAGAAGUUGCAUAAACAGUUGUGGAUUUGCACAGUAAUUUGACAUACUUUAUUAGACUAAGGGUCUAUGGGUAUGAUCACUGGUUUAUAGAUGCUAUUUUACUAGUUGAGAUGUGUUGCAGUCUUAAUUUUCUUGUAUAUCCAUGAGGUGAUUAUGAAGGAGACUGUUGGGGAGAGAAUUAAGGUCAAGAAUCUCGGAGAAAGUGGGAUAGAGGAGAGAUGAGGCGGGAGAUAAACUAAUAUUCUGGCACCAUGACAAGUUUUGUGGAGGUGAGUUUUCAAUAAAAGGAGCUAAGUAUUUUUGUCAAGGAAAGGUUUAUAUAAGAUUGUAGGGGAGACCUAUGCAAUACUCUGAGUGACUUUAUUGAGAGGGAUGGUGUGGAGUGGUGAGAGAAAUGCAGGAAUUAGCAAUGAAUAUUGCUGUAGAAGAUGAUAAUUUCCUUUCCAGGACUGUCAUAACAUUGAUAUACGAUGAAUUUGUCAACAGUGAUGGAAGAAGUAACCAUAGAUGUUUAUCCCUAAAAUGAGGAGGCGCAAUCACAUUGAAGAGUAAACUUAACUCUUCGCAUUUUCUAUCUGGCAAUUCAAAAAUAUCAGUUACAUAGCACAAUUUUCCAGUUACUGAGCAGAUACAUUUACUGCUGUUAUAGAAUACUUUGCAGACUCAGUUGAUGCAUUGUUGCCAGAGGAAAUUCAUACACAUUAGAAAACUACACAGACUAGGGCUUUUAAAUUGGCAGACUUAAUAAAAAUUGUAAUUUUUGUUUUCUUUUAGCCUUUAGUGUUGAAGUCAAAGAGGAUGUGUCUUUCUGUGCUGACAGCUAUAAAUUUAAUUUUGAAAGUGCACAGAAACAGGUUGAUUUGUGAUAUGAGACUGCAUGGGAUUUUUUUUUAUUAAUCAGGGUUUAUUAGUUUCAACACCACCAUUCAAGUGGAAAAUACUUGCCUCUAUGUGGAUCCCCUUGUUAUAUGAUAGGAAGAGAAAUGCAGGUGUAAAAAUAGAAAAUGAAAGUAUUGGGAAUGCACUGCAGUUCUGUCAACAUGUUGAACAAUAGUAUAAAAUGACAGAAUGGGUAUUUUGCAAAUUGAAAGUUUAAUCAGUUCCAUUUUCUAAUUCUGAUAAAGGACCUGGGUAUAAAUUGUUAAUUUACCCUUUAUUAUGACUAUGGACAAAUUGUGUACUUCCUUUAUUCACUGUUUUUUAAUUAAAAUUUUAUGGGCUUUGCCCAUUGUUGGACUAUUCCAAGGGGUGUGGGAGUCUUCUGUUUUAAUCCAUCACAUUCAUUGCAGACAUAGUUGGAUGACAGGGACAUAAGGUGUGUCAGCUAGCCAGUACUGAUCCAUAUCUUAUUUGUCUGUUCAGAAAUGGAUUGAAAUAAAUUUGUUUUAAUUUGCAACACAGCCUGAGUUCUGCUGUAAAUGGGACUUGCUUUAAUAAAUCUUGAUUGUUGCAGUACUGAGCAGUGGCAAGUGGUCACGCCCUGCAGGGGUUUCCCACCCUGUAUCUUGGGAGCAAUAUAAUAACUGAAGGCAUUGAUGUUUAUGAAAAUGUGUAUAAUCCCUUCCUAGUUCCCUUUCCUAAUACUGGAGAUUUAUGAGUCAUCUUUGCUCAUUCCAGAGCAUUAAUACAAUCAAGUUAUACAAUAUGAUAUUGUGGAUAUCAUUAGCGGUAAGCUAAAGAUUUAAUGAUGGGGGGACUGCUGCCAGAACGACCAUGAUACCACCUGCAAAGCUCCAGUACUUACUGCUCAUUGGUUAGUAAGGAGCUGAUAUUGGAGAAUAUGUGAAAUAACUGGAAGAACCUGAACUUUGCUUACAGAAUGCACUGGAUCAUGUAUUGCCCCCUUUAGUAUAUUGGUAAAUGUUUUCACAUAGCACUAGUACUGACAUACCAGGAUGGUUUUAAUAUCGUAACAUUACAUAGUGUUUGGUUGUGAACUGAAUGUUAAUUAUUUAUAAAAGAUGAAUACAGAUACUUUUAUAUUCUGAGAAGAAUGCUUGAUGGUAUGGAUACCCUUGAAUUUUUUCUGAAUAUUUAUACUGUUUA